AUGGCUAUGGACAGAAGUCGCAGGACAACCACCAGGCAGCCAGCGGGCCUGUAUGCUGAACUAGAAGAGCCAGCGGACAUUCGUCCAUCUUUCGUUCACCCAGAUAUCCCAUUCAACCCGCAUCUGACACUCCUGCUUCCAAAGAACUCGCUCGGCAUGGACGACAGGAGGCGUACGCCCUCCGCGGCCUUGGCCAAGUUCUCGCGACGGGCGAAUUUUGUCCUCUAUUCUCAGCACCGUGAUCCGCGGUGCGACCCGGACAAGAGUUACACCCCGCCAUACGAUCUCGAUGGCGCCUUUGGUGAAACUCAUCAUCAAUUGCCCGGGCUGACCAGUCGGGACAAGCAGGCCUAG